GGGGAGGGAAGAUGGCGGCGCUGGCGGCAGUCCUGAGGAGUCGCCCUUCGGCCCCCCUGCGGGUGGCCGCCUGCGGCGGUCACCCGGCCCUGCGGACCCCCCUCCUCCCGGCGGGACCGUGGAGCAGACCCCUCUGGCUCCCACCUCAGCGGGCCGGGCCCGGGCACCCCCCGCCGAGCCUCGGAGCGUCCCCGCGGAAGGCGUACCGCGGCACGGGCCAGCUCCUCACCGCCAAGGACUCCGUGCGGCCCUCGGAGGAGAAGGUGGGCCCGCUGACCAAGAUCAUCGAAGCCAUGGGCUUCACGGGCCCCCUCAAGUACAGCCGUUGGAAGAUUAAGAUCGCCGCCCUGCGCAUGUACACGAGCUGCGUCGAGAGAACGGACUUCGAGGAAUUCUUUCUGCGGUGUCAGAUGCCGGAUACGUUCAACUCCUGGUUCCUGAUCACCCUGCUGCACUUCUGGAUGUGCCUGGUCCGGAUGAAGCAGGAAGGCCGGGCCGGGAAGUACAUGUGCCGCACCGUCGUCCACUUCAUGUGGGAGGACGUGGAGCGGCGUGGCCGAGUCAUGGGGGCGGCCCGACGGGCGCGAUCCGGGGCUCCGCCCGCCUGCCCGGGCCCGGACCCGGCGCCGGGCGUCCCCGUGUGGGGAGGACGGGUGCCGCCCCUCGCCGUCUCCCGCCCGCCCGCCUCCUGA